UGGUGAGUGACGUCUGACCUCAAGGUGAUCCUGAUGAUGGCGCCGCCAUUUCAGAGGUGUAGACCCUGGGCUGGGGCCCGGGCGCCUUAGUCCCGCGUGUGAUCGAAUUCUUAGGACCCCGCAGGAUUAGGAGGCCAGAGGGAGAUCUCUUCCACGGUGCAGGGCUGAAAUGGACCCGCUUAGGGCCCAGCAGCUGGCGGCAGAGCUGGAGGUUGAGAUGAUGGCUGAUAUGUACAACAGAAUGACCAGUGCCUGCCACCGGAAGUGCGUGCCUCCCCACUACAAGGAAGCAGAACUGUCCAAGGGCGAGUCUGUGUGCCUGGACCGGUGUGUCUCCAAGUACCUGGAUAUCCAUGAGCGGAUGGGCAAAAAGUUGACAGAAUUGUCUAUGCAGGACGAAGAGCUGAUGAAGAGGGUGCAGCAGAGUUCUGGGCCUGCAUGAGGCCCCAGGCAGUACACCGUAAGGUGCACCCUGUCCUUUCCCACUUGUCUAAUAAAAGUGCCCCCAUUGGGUGUCAUCUGUGAAGACUGCCAGGCCUAGGCUCUUUCUGGAAAGUCUCCAGGAGCCCAGGGUAUGAUGGAGCUCUUUCCCGGUCGGAGAAGGGGUGUUUGUCACACUGGCAUGUGACUGUGUGUUUAUAUAUAUUAUAUAUUAAAACAAGUUUGUUGACA